UUUCUUUCUUUUUUACUUUUUUUAGAUCUCGUUCUUGUUUGCAGGUCAACAAAAACGAUCAGAAUGGUCAAUAAGGAUCUUGUGGAGCAAGUAUUUGCAUACUUUGGUCUUGUUCUUUGGUCAUUUCAAAUGGCACCACAAGUGUACAAGAACUACAAACGGAGCUCUACAGAGGGUGUGUCACCAUGGAUGAUGAUUAUUUGGAUAUUUUCGGGAACUGUGCUCGGAAACUACAAUAUCGGGUUGGGUGUAGCGAUUCCUUUGAUUGUCCAACCUCAAUUGUUCGUAUUUAUAUGUUCAAUAUGUUUCGGCCAAGAACUAUAUUAUGGUCGUGGAUGGUCUAAAACAAGUUCAUGGGCUAUGUAUAUUGGUACAUUGGUAGUUAUGGCUGGAUUGGAAGUAGGCUUGACUUUUGCUUUCAAACGUGCUCAAUUUGAUCAAAACGAACGUGCCAUUCAGUUCUUUGGUAUUCUUCCUGUGGUAUCCAUCUUGUUUGGUUUCCUUCCUCAAUAUUGGGAUAUAUUUACCCAUUGCCGUGUUGAAGGUGUUUCACAUUUGUUUUUAUUUAUGGACUUCUUUGGGUCUGUCUUCUCGAUUAUCAGUUUAGCUUUUCGACCAACAAUAGACAUUCUUAGUUUGGUCAAUUACAUUGGAAUUGCCAUCUUUGAUGCUGGUAUCUUUAUUCUGUACUACAUCUUUCAAUGGUACAAUGGCAACAAAGGAAAGGAUAGCAAAGACGAUAAUGACAACGAUAAUGAUGAUGGUAUAUCCGAGAAAACGGCCAAGUUACAAGACGAAGAGAGUGGAUCAGCAUUACCUUCAAUUAAAUUGUAAUUAAACUCUUAUUUAUAUAGAUUGUACAAUUAGAAUAGACGUUACCAUAUAUUUACUUUUACUUUUAUAUAAUUAUUAAUAAAUUAAUACAUUCCUCUACAAGUUUAUCUCUA